AUGCUGACUCAGCCUCCCGACUCCCGCCAGGUUCGCCCCCGCCCCCACCCUGACACCGAGCUGGGCUUCAUCCUCGCAGGUGGCCGAGGCACUGCUUCCUACCUGUACAGUGGGCUCGGAUCGGUGCCCAUCCUCGAAACCCAUCCGCUGAGCCCACCGUCCCUACCCUUAGCCCCGGCCUUGGCCUCUGCGGCCGCCACUGAGCUGACUGACGCGCUGUGCGAGUUUGACGCGGUGCUGGCAGACUUCGCGUCGCCCUUUCACCAGCGCCACUUCCACUACGAGGAGCAUCUGGAGCGCAUGAAGCGGCGGAGCAGCGCCAGCGUCAGUGACAGCAGCGGCUUUAGCGACUCAGAGAGUGCAGAUUCACUUUACAGAAACAGCUUCAGCUUCAGUGAUGAAAAACUAAAUUCUCCAACAGACUCUGCCCCAGCCCUACUAUCUCCCUCCAUCACCCCUCGGAAAGCCAAGUUAGGAGACACAAAAGAGUUGGAGGACUUUAUUGCUGAUCUUGACAGAACAUUAGCAAGUAUGUGAAGUAAGGAGUUCCAGGUCCUUACAUCACAUAAAAGAAGCUUCAAAAAGCUCCCAGGACCUGGAAAAAUCAGCUACUAGAAAAUCAGCUGCUGCCAGAGGAAAAAGAGAUGAGCAUUCAUUUAUCUACCACCAGGCCAUUCUUAGGUCCACUCUAAGAUUAGCUCUUCGUCCUUCCUCUGGGCAAUUCAGAUGGUGAAACUGAUUUUGUUUCCCUACCUGCAAUGUAUUAGAACAGAUGAUCUAUGCUAAUGUUGUAUUUUUCUUUUAAAACAUAACUUUUCUGUAAUUUAAAGUGCUUUUAUGAAAAUAUUUGUAAUUAUAUAUAGUUGGAAAUAGUAAUAUGCUUCCUCCAUUGUAAUAUAUUUUUGUAUACAAAUAAAAGUGGAACUGGAGCCUGU